GCAAAGGCGAGUUCCCCUCUUACAAGGGCAGGACAGGGAAACCACGCUUCGCUGUGACGUCAGACAAGCCCGAGGGCCGCAAUUCCGCGCCUUUCAAUCAUGCUCCGCCCAGCCUGACGGCAGCCGGGAGGAAUGCGGUUCCGGAGGCGCAAAGGGUGCAGCGGUGGCGGCGCGGCGCUUGCCAGGCCCGGCCGUCUCUUUCUCCCGGCCCUACCAUACGGUGCAAGGAAGGAGCGGCUCUGGUAGGCGAGGGAGUCGCCCUCCACGCUACCGAGGCAUCGUCCUGAGGAGGCCAAGUCGGGGCUGGAACUCCGCCGGAGAAAAGGAGCUGACGAGAAAGAGAGAAACGGUGAGGGAGAAAGCGGGCUCGCGCCCCGCCACCAACUUCCCAGAGCCCCGGGAUAGCGGGGGACGUAUCGCAGCGGGACCGCGGCGCCAUGGCACAGGCAAAUUUCAAGUUUCUCAUCUGGGGCGGGUUAUUAAGCUGCUUCAUAGUCUGUGGAUUUGCCCAACAAGGUGGGAGCAAUUGUAUAAAAGCUAAUGCAAAAUCAUGUGCUGAUUGUAUACAAGCUGGACCAAAUUGUGGAUGGUGCAAAAACAUAACCUUCUUACAAGAGGGAGAAUCUACUUCAGCACGAUGUGAUGAUUUGGACGUUUUGAAAAGUAAGGGCUGCCCUCUAGAUGAAAUAGAAAAUCCCAGAGGCUCCCAGGACAUGCUCAAAAACAAGGAAGUAACCAAUCGUGUCAAAGGAACUGCUGAGAAUCUUAAACCGGAAGACAUUACCCAAAUUCAACCACAGCAAGUACUGCUAAAACUGCGGAUAGGGGAACCACAGACAUUUUCAUUAAAAUUUAAGAGAGCUGAAGAUUAUCCUAUUGAUCUUUAUUACCUUAUGGAUCUCUCCUACUCUAUGAAAGAUGACCUGGAGAAUGUGAAAAGUCUUGGAACUUCUCUGAUGAGUAAAAUGAAGAAUAUUACUUCGGAUUUUCGAAUUGGUUUUGGCUCUUUUGUUGAAAAAACUGUUAUGCCUUAUAUUAGUACUACACCAGCCAAAAUCAGGAACCCAUGCACAGGUGACCUUAACUGUACAAGCCCUUUUAGCUACAGAAAUGUACUCAACUUUACCAGCGAUGGACGUCUGUUCAAUAAACUUGUAGGUGAUCAACAAAUUUCUGGCAAUUUGGAUUCUCCUGAAGGUGGAUUUGAUGCAAUAAUGCAGGUUGCUGUUUGUGGUUCAAAAAUUGGAUGGAGAAAUGUCACUCGGUUGUUGGUAUUUUCCACGGAUGCUGGAUUCCAUUUUGCUGGAGAUGGGAAACUCGGAGGGAUUGUUUUACCAAAUGAUGGGCAGUGUCAUUUAAAUGAUAAUAUGUACACAAUGAGCCAUUAUUAUGAUUAUCCCUCCAUUGCUCAUCUUGUUCAGAAGCUGAGUGACAAUAAUAUUCAGAUAAUAUUUGCUGUUACACAAGAAUUUCAACCAGUUUACAAGGAGCUGAAGAAUUUGAUUCCAAAAUCUGCAGUAGGAACACUCUCUUCAAAUUCCAGUAAUGUGAUUCAGCUGAUAAUUGAUGCAUACAAUUCAUUGUCUUCAGAAGUCAUUUUGGAAAACAACAAGCUGCCAAAAGAAGUCACAAUUGAAUAUAAAUCUUUCUGCAAGAAUGGAGUGAAUGGUACAGGAGAUGAAGGAAGAAAGUGCUCCAACAUUUCAAUUGGAGAUGAGGUUAGCUUUGAGAUUAAAGUAACAGCCAAUCAGUGUCCAGAAAAAGGGCAAAGUGAAACCAUUAAAAUCAAGCCACUUGGUUUCACUGAAGAAGUAGAAAUUAAGCUGGAGUUCAUCUGUGAAUGCGACUGUCACAAUGAAGGAAUUCCUGACAGCCCUCUGUGCCACCAUGGAAAUGGAACAUUUGAAUGUGGUGCCUGCAGGUGUAAACCAGGACGUAUCGGGAAACACUGUGAAUGCAGUAUGGAUGAAGUAAACAGUGAAGACAUGUCGGGCACCUGUAGACCAGGGAAUAGUUCAGAAAUAUGUAGUAACAAUGGAGAAUGUAUUUGUGGUCAGUGUGUGUGCAGGAAAAGAGAGAAUCCAAAUGAAGUCUACUCCGGCCAGUUUUGCCAGUGUGAUAAUUUCAACUGUGAUCGAUCUGAUGGUUUGAUUUGUGGAGGGCAUGGCGAAUGUAAAUGUCGUGAGUGUGAUUGCUGGGCAAAUUAUACAGGCUCUGCUUGUGAUUGUCCUCGGGAUACCACAACAUGUGAAGCUGGAAAUGGGCAGAUCUGCAACGGCAGAGGAAUCUGCGAGUGUGGAGUCUGCAACUGCACAGAUUCUAAAUUUCAAGGGCCAACAUGCGAGUUGUGUCAGACCUGUCUUGGAGUUUGUGCAGAGCACAAGGACUGUGUCCAGUGCAAAGCUUUUAACAAAGGAGAAAAGAAAGAGAGGUGUGAAGAAGAGUGUUCACAUUUUACCUUGAUGCUGGUGGACCAUAGAGAGAAGUUGCCACAGCCUGGGCAGUAUGAAGCACAGACUCAUUGCAAAGAGAAGGAUAUUGAUGACUGCUGGUUUUAUUUCACAUACUCAGUUAAUUCAAGUAACAGAGCCAUUGCCCAUGUGGUCAAGACUCCAGAAUGCCCAACCGGUCCCGAUAUCAUUCCCAUUGUUGCUGGUGUAGUUGCUGGAAUUGUUCUUAUUGGUCUUGCUUUGUUGCUGAUUUGGAAGCUACUUAUGAUCAUCCAUGACAGAAGAGAAUUUGCAAAAUUUGAGAAGGAAAAGAUGAAUGCAAAGUGGGAUACGCAAGAAAAUCCAAUAUACAGGAGUCCUAUUAAUAAUUUCAAGAAUCCAAACUAUGGACGUAAAGCUGGUCUCUAAGUUUCCGGUGAAAAUCCUAUCUACAAGAGUGCAGUGACAACUGUGGUGAAUCCUAAAUAUGAGGGGAAAUGAAAACUGCUUUCUAACUCCACAACACUGUAUGCAAUGUAGCAAUUUUGUAGUCACAGUAACCUAGCUUUAGAGCAAUACUGCAAUGAAUUUAUUAAUUCAUUACAUUACAUGUUUGUUUCCUAUGCAGAUUUUGAAAAAUGUACAGUAUGUUUUUAUUUUUGAAAGUUUUUCCUUUCCUUUUUGCAAAUAAUCAGUCCCAGGAGAUUGAUAAGAAAACUUGAGACUGCAUAACCUACUCAACUAAGGUCACAUGGUGCCUUUUUGACCUCCCCCACCCCCUUUCCUCCAUGUCUGGAGUGAAAUGGCUAAAGCAAUUCUGCCUAGCCAUGAAGUAUUGCUAUUAGAUCAGUUUUUAUCUUUAUAGGCACAUCAGGGCUUUGGCUUGCACAGUUAAAGUGCAAGCCAAAUAAUUCUUUGUAAAUUACAAAAUUUAGCUUGUGAAUAAUGGAAUGUUUGCAAGACUUAACUUUUUUUUAAUACUGUAAGUUUAGUAAAGUGGAAAUCAUGAUGUAAAAGACAAUGUAAUACAUGCAUAUGCAUUCUAAAGUGUCAGGUUAUGUAUAAGAAUAGAAAAAUAGAUUCAAAAUAAUAGCUUUAAUAUUGUACCAUUCUUUUUUAUGAUGUUGCAUGGUGACCUAAGAUUUUUUCUUUGUACACUCAAAUCCUGGCUUUGGUACUUAAAAGUAAGUCUACUAAGACAUCUUCCAAAUGCAUAAAGGCCUUAACUAACUGUUUUUUUAAUGUUCUUGUUUAGGUUAAAGCCUGGUGCUUUGUCACCUUUUUCUUUAAUGUAUUUGAUUUCAUUUUGUGUAAUAUUAUUGUUGUAAAAAUGACUUUAUUUUCUUUUGCAGUCUUGGCUGUAAAUUUGCCUUCAUUUUGUAGCGGAGACUGCAUAAUUGUCAUGUAACAUGACUUUCAGUCAGGAGAUAUCAUUGUGCCAUGUAUAUUUGCCACUGACCAUUCUGUCAUCUCUUCUAUACUAGCCACAUUCUUAUUUUAAGUGCCUUUUAUUUUAACAAAUGUUCACUUUUUACAGUGCUAUCAUGGACAUUAUUUAUUAAAUAAAAAAAAUCUUUAAAAAACA